AGUCUGAGUCGCAAAUUGCUAAAUUCAUAUAAAAUUUUCAUUGCUUCGCUACGCUUUGAGUUCGCUGCCUGUCGCGCUUUUCCUUGGGCAAUUUCAAUAUUCGCUAACAAAGAAGCAACAAACAAACAUCAGCUAACAUUACUAAUACAUAGAAAAGGCAUUUGAGCGAUUACGAGCAGCUUGCACACAUACUAACAAAGCAAACUAAACGCUUUCCCAGAAUGUCUUCAAUCAUGACUGAGCAGUUGAUUGAAAUAUUGGAGAAGGCGCUUUCGACUGAUCAGCAUGAGCUGCUGGCGGCCAAGACUUUUCUGGAGCAGGCGGCCGAAAGCAAUUUGCUGGACUUUCUGGUGACAUUAUCGGAAAUACUUGUCGAUAGCUCACAUAGUGUGCUGGCUCGCAAUGUGGCUGGUCUGCAUUUGAAGAACCACCUGACGAGCAAUGACGAGAAGGUAAGCGAAAAGUAUCAAAAGCGCUGGGAUCAGUUUCCCGACAGCGCUCGUGAGAUUGUGAAGCGCAAUAUACUUGCCGCUUUGGGUACUGAGAAUUCGCGUCCCUCUUGUGCUGCCCAGUGCGUUGCCUAUGUGGCCGUCUUGGAGCUGCCCAUUGGUCGUUGGGACAAUCUGAUGCCGACAUUGGUGCAAAAGGUAGUGGAUGGAACUAGCGCAAUUCAACGCGAGGCGGCGCUGGAGACCAUUGGAUAUAUAUGCCAAGAUAUAGACGUCGGCGUGCUAGACAAUGAAUCCAAGGAGAUCCUUAACGCCAUCCUGCAUGGCAUGGGCGAGCAGGAGCAGUGUCCAAGGGUGCGCCUCACCGCCACCAAUGCGCUGCUGAAUUCGCUCGAGUUCAUCAACGCGAACUUUGAAAACCACGAGGAGCGCAACUUUAUUAUGCAGGCGCUCUGCGCGACUUCCCAGUCGACGGACAGCAAAUUAUGCGUCGUUGCUCUACAGUGUCUGGUGAAGAUUAUGUCGCUGUACUAUAAAUUCAUGGAGCCCUACAUGGAGCACGCGCUGUUUCCCGUCACUCUCAACGCUAUGACUGCAGCUGAUGACAGCGUCGCGCUGCAGGGCAUUGAGUUUUGGUCUACGGUGUGCGAUGUGGAGUUCAGACUAGCUGCCCAGGAGGAGGAGGAGGAGGAGGAGGAGGAGGAGGAGCGUGUCUCGCAGCAUUAUUGGCGUAGCGCGUGGCUCAUUGCCGUGCUGUUGACGAAGCUCAUCAAGCAGGAUGAGUGCGACGAUGCCAUGAACUGGAAUCCGGCCAAGGCGGCCGCAGUUUGCCUCAUGCUGAUGGCCAACUGCUGCGGCGAUGCCAUUGUGCCCACCAUCUUGCCAUUUGUGCAGCAGCACAUUGAGUCAGCGGAUUGGCGUUACCGCGAGGCUGCCGUCCUCAUAAUUGGCUCCGUGCUCGGCGGCCUGCAGUCGAGCACGCUGAAGAGUUUCGUGGAUCAGUGCAUGCCCAUGCUGAUCAUCCGCAUGAACGACUCGAGCGGCAUAGUGCGCGACACUAGCUACUGGACCAUUGGACGCAUCUGCGAAAUCAUUCCCGAGGCGGCAAUAAACCAAACCUAUCUGCCAGUGCUGCUCGAGUUCUUUUGCAAGAGUCUGAAGUCGGAGCCGCGUUUGGGCGCCAAUGUCUGCUGGGCAUUUGCUGGACUGGCGGGAGCGGCCUACAAGGGAGCGGCCACCACUGCGGGCGAGACUCCGGCUACGUAUGCGCUGACGCCAUACUUUGAGUUCAUCAUCCAGCAGCUGCUGGAGACCACGCAGCGCACAGACGCUGGUGCCCACAGCAAAUUGCUUAGCGUCGCUUACGAGGCGCUCAUGGACAUGAUACAGAGCUCGCCCGCCGACUGCUAUCAUGUGGUGCAGCACACCACGCUUGUCAUUCUGGAGCGGCUCAAUCAGGUCAUACAGCUGGAGCACCAGAUUAGCAGCCACAGCGAUCGCCAGCGGCUCAACGAAUUGCAGUCGCUGCUCUGUGCCGCGCUGCGCAGCGUGCUGCUCAAGCUGCGCAAGGAGGACGCAUCGCAAAUAUCGGAUGACGUCAUGUACGCGCUGCUCGCCCUGUUCAACUCCAGUGCUGGCCAUAAGGGCGGCGCUGGCGUGCUCGAGGAUAUUUUUAUGGCCAUCGCCACGCUAGUUGAUUUGCUUGGGGAGCGCUUCGGGCGCUACCUGUGCGCGCUCAAGGACUAUCUCGUUAUGGGCCUGAGGCAUCAUGAGCAGCAGCUGGUCUGCUCCGCCGCUGUGGGCCUAACUGGCGACAUUUGCAGACAGCUGAAGCAACUGGUCGUGCCAUACUGCGAUGAGCUGCUGUCCGUGCUGCUGGCCAAUCUGACUGAUCUUGAGCUAAGCCCCAGCAUCAAGCCGCAAAUUCUAACCACCUUUGGCGACAUGGCCUUUGGCAUUGGUUCCGACUUUCUCAGCUAUCUAGAUGUAGUUUUGGGGACGCUGCACAACGCUGCUGCCGAGGCGGACAGCUACGAUCCGGAGAACUAUGCCGUGGCCGAAUAUGUCGGUCAGCUGCGCAUGAGCGUGCUGGAUGCCUACACUGGCAUUAUUCAAGGCCUCAAGGGUGCGGAGUCCACGCCCAGUGCCGAUGUGCAAAAGCUGGAGCCGCAUCUAAUGCACAUUUUUGGCUUCAUCAAGCGCAUUGCGCGGCAGGACGAGAUUCCCGACUCGAUGCUAGCCAGCGUCGCGGGCAUUAUUGGCGACCUGUGCAUAGCGCUGGGACUGCGCUUGUAUCUCUACGUACAGGACGAUGACCUCAUUGCCCAACUGCUGGCCGCGGGCAAACGCUCCACUGUGCAACGCACCAAAAUUGUCUCCACUUGGGCGUUCAACCAGAUUGUGAAGCUGAGCCAGGAGAUGUCCUAGACUCAACUCAACUCGUUGCUUCAACAAAAACAAAAGUACUCAUGACUGGAAUCCACCGAAUCCACCAAUCCGAUUUACAAGUCGAUAACACAAUCCGAUUCUAUAUAUUAACACAAAAAGAAAAACACGCAAAGUGCACAAGAGAUUUGUUAGCCAAGUGAUGUGAAUGUGCCUAUUGAGCUAUUAACACUAAAAAUCGCUCAUUAGACAUUUAUACCAACACAUAUACACACAAUUAUUGUAAAUCUCACAUGCCAAAAUUGAAAAUGCGAAUGACUGAACUUUAUUUAAAAAUUAAUGCGCAUCGAUUGUGUGUGUGUGUAUGUUGUAAAUUUGAUUGUAUAAAGCCAUCAAGACUUCAAUGCUAGAGAAAAUUAAAUAUUUCAAGUAGCUAACUACUCCAUAAGUUCGCGGAAUCUGUGAUGAAUGAAUGAGUGGACUGGGAGUGGUAACUGAUGUGUGAUCUGGCUGUUUUGAAAGUGGGAAUUCUGGCUUUUCUUUCUGCCCUUGAUUAGCUUCAAAAUGAAAACGCUAAGCUUAAAAAAGAAA